AUUAAAAAUGCUCAGACAACUCAACACCCAGUUGAGCGGCAACAUUUGACAAGUGCAGAACUUUUUCUUUGGCUCCAGCAAAGAAACGAAUUCAUAAACUAUUAUCCACUAAAAUGGCAACUUUGAUCAGAAAAUUGAUUAGCACCAAUAACGCUGCCAAGCCAGUAGCUCCCUACAAUCAAGCUGUUGUGGCAGAUCGUACUGUUUAUGUUUCUGGUUGUUUGGGUUUGGAUAAGACAACCAUGAAAUUGGUGCCGGGUGGUGCUGUCGAACAAACUGAAAUGGCCUUGAAAAAUCUAGAAGCUGUACUUGUUGCUGCUGAUUCCGGCAUUGAUAAGGUUAUUAAGAAUACCAUCUUUUUGAAGGAUCUUAAUGAUUUUGGUGCCGUUAAUGAGGUGUACAAAAAGGUAUUCAACAAAGAAUUCCCCGCCCGUAGCUGUUUCCAAGUUGCCCGUUUACCCAUGGAUGCUUUGGUUGAAAUUGAAUGUAUUGCCUUAACUGGUGAUGUUAAGACUGUCUCCUCCGAAUGACUAGAUAACUCGGGAAGCAAGACUUUCUCGAAAUUGUAAUUUGUUUUAAUGUCUUUUUAUAAAAAUAAAUAAAACUGGUCUUUUUAUAAAAUUUGAA